AUGCGUGGUCAAUCCAUUGCUGUUGCCGUCUCUCUUGGCAUAACACUGGCUGCAGCUGGUAAUCCUGACAAGCCAGAAGUUAACCCCCACAUUCCAUAUGAUCGAUUGGAAAACGACCUCCGUAACAAUCUUCACCCAACCCAGUCAACAUGGGACUAUUGGGGAGCGGGUUGGAUUCCCCAGGGCUGCAAGGACUUGGCAAACACAUACCACCUAAACCCUGCGGAUUUCACCAUAUUCAAUGUCCAUUACACUGACUGCAGUGCAUCUUGGACGUUUUGUCGUCACAAAAACGCUGGAGCUUCUGAAAUAGAUAUGAUCGACAUAUUUGGCCGACUACCAGUCCGCAUGCGCUCGUACCUACGCCAUUUGGUAGCCACUCCCGGUCUUAAUGAUGGCGCCGCGGCGUGGACUUGGUCCUCUGGUGAUUGUGUUGUAGAGAGCGCUCCGAACUUAGCAACUUUAGUCCAUGAAGUUUCCCACAGUCUUGACUGGCAUGCUCUGCCUCAAUACCAGCAACCAUUCAGCUCGUCGUCUAUCUGGCAAGACAAUUAUAAUCAGGACUCUGCCACUCCCACAGGAUAUGGUCGGACAAAUUGGAUGGAAAAUUUUGCUGAGACCGGCAUGGUAGGAGUUUAUGAUAAAGCCGUUCCUGGUGGCAUUGGCAAUAUCGAACCAAACUGGAAUGCCAUUUUCCACCAGUAUGCCACAUAUCAAGGCUACUUGGGCGACAAGAUCAUCGCCGGUGGCUCUUGUGCUAACCGAUUCGAUGAUACGCCGCCGGUUGCUAUGAGUAACAGCGCAAAAUUCAAAAUUACUAGCGCUAAGCCUGAAACUGGGAUUGACUUUGCUGGCAAGAAUAUUACCCAAAUCAUCCCAAGCAAGGAGUUUGAAGGACUAUAUAUUAAAGGGUAA